UGCACAUUUGUUCUGUGGCACACGUCUUCUCCACUUCCAAUUUUUAUUCAUUUUCAUUUACUUUACUUUUCUUUAUCAUCAACGAUUUCUAAAAUAUCUAUAUAUACACAUACUUCGUCUAUUUCCAUACAUUGUCCACUCUGCCUCUUCUAAGCCACGGAGCAAAAUAUCUAUUUUCUCUGCAAAUCCUAGUGUGGAGAAUAUGGAGAAGACUGAGGCAUCCAGAUUCAAGAGGAUUUGUGUGUUCUGUGGGAGUAGCCAAGGGAAGAAGAGCAGCUAUCAGGAUGCUGCCGUUGAGCUUGGAAAAGAACUGGUUUCAAGGAACAUUGAUUUGGUAUAUGGAGGCGGCAGCAUAGGGCUCAUGGGUCUGGUUUCACAAGCUGUUCAUGAUGGUGGCAGACAUGUUAUUGGAGUCAUUCCCAAGACGCUCAUGCCUCGGGAGUUAACUGGAGAAACAGUAGGAGAAGUGAAGGCUGUUGCUGAUAUGCAUCAAAGGAAGGCAGAGAUGGGAAGACAAUCAGAUGCUUUCAUUGCCUUACCAGGUGGUUAUGGAACACUGGAGGAGCUACUUGAAGUCAUAACCUGGGCCCAACUUGGCAUCCAUGAUAAACCUGUCGGGUUGCUGAAUGUGGAUGGAUACUACAAUUCAUUGCUGUCAUUCAUUGACAAAGCUGUGGAGGAGGGCUUCAUCUGCCCGAGUGCCCGACACAUCAUUGUAUCUGCACCUGCUGCCAAGGAGCUGGUCAAGAAACUGGAGGACUACGUUCCUCGCCACAAAGGGGUUGCUUCGAAGUUGAGCUGGGAGGCAGAGCAGCUUGGAUACCCUCACGUGCAUGAAAUCUCGCGGUGAUCGAGAUUUAUGCUGCUACGUAGAAGAUCUUGCUCGUUAGGACAUGAAAAUAUGGCGAAACCGGAAGAUGCUAAUUGACAUGAAGUUAGAUUUUUGUGGUGAAGGGAUAUGUUUUUUGUUUUUUGUUAUGUGUAUAGUACUCUCGCAAAAAUUGGGCUGAUCUUAUCCUGCUAGCUAUCUCCCUUCUUUCUAAUUAAAAACAUUGGCACUACGCAACUUGUAAUUAACUACCAAGGUGCACAUGGAUAUUCCCGGGUGACUAGUCACAUUUUACUCAGUAGUUUUUGUUUCAUGUUUAAAUGUCAAAGCACUUCAUUAUAUUCUAUCAAUUCAUACUUACUAGUACUACAUAUAUACAUAUAAAGCAUGUGUCUCAUUGUAUAUUUUCUAUAUUUGGCCUCAGUGUAGAUUUACA